AUGGAAGGCGGAGCUACCCCAACGCUUGCUCGAUCGGCGUUGCGAAAUGGCGAAUCCUAUCGACCCAUGAAGAGCGUGGAGCGUCUGAUUGAGAUUUGGUGA